UUAAUGCGGGGAAAAGGGGAAAGGAUAGCUUAAUCUCACUGUUGGCCGCUAGGACAAGGUAGAGGCAGCAUUUACGCACCGUCCAACUGUGUGGUGGAGAGUGCGCACAGGCUGAGGGGAUGUACAACAGAGAAGGGAUUUUCCUCAUGGACUUGAGGAUCACUUUUCCUUCCCUCGCGCCCAGGUCGAGCGCGCGCCACAUCCCAGAACUGAUAUCUCCAGUGCCAGCGUGUGUCCAGGACUCUUCCUCUGCAGGGGCAGCGAUGGCACGGUACGCAUUUCUGAGAGCCUUUCUGAGUGUACAAGAGGAGGACAUUUAGGGGAAAACCAAGUGGAAUUUGUGAACUGUUAAAGUCCACUGCCGCAUCCUUCUCACUGCGCUGGGAAGCUCAAUUUUGGACCACUGCCUGCGAUGAAACUUUCUAUCAAGCUAAUUGGAAACUAUCACUCAAUAAUAACACUCAAUAAUGCGCCGGCAACUAAAGGGGAUGUUUAUCUCAAGCAUAAGGCUGCUUGAAUUCGAAUGAACGCAUAGUUCCUAUAUGUUUACACUGCUGGAGAUGAAGACAGAUCGACGAAAUAUGAACUUCUACCUGUGGAUAUUAGCCUUAAACUUUUUCUUGUGCUGGACUUCAGCUGACGCACAGAUGGGGUUUGAUGGGCCUCUCUCUGCACAGGAGCAGAUGUACAUCCUUUAUGAAAUCAAACUGCAGUGCUACCAGAACCUCUCCAACAUUGACCCAGGGUCCACAGAUGAGGUGUGCCCUCCAGACUGGGACGGUCUUAUUUGUUGGCCCCAUGGCUCCCCUGGGCUGCUUACCAAGGUUCCCUGCCCAUCUUACAUCUAUGACUUCAAUCACAAAGGACAUGCUUACAGGAAGUGUGAUGUCAACGGUUCCUGGGUGUUUGUGGACCGCUGGAACAAAACAUGGACCAACUACACAGAGUGUCUGCGUUUCCUUCAGCCCACUAAUGACGAAGGGAGACAAGACUUCUUUGAGCGGCUGUAUGUCAUGUAUACCAUCGGCUAUGCAGUGUCCUUCAGCUCUCUGCUGGUAGCCAUCUUCAUCAUUGGAUACUUCAGGCGUCUUCACUGCACUAGAAACUACAUCCACAUGCACCUGUUUGUUUCCUUCAUGUUACGAGCAGUCAGCAUCUUUGUGAAGGACAAAGUCGUCCAUUCCAGUGCUGGAUUGCAGGACUUUGAUUCUGCCCUUUUGGACAACUUAAAGACAGUUAGCAUGGCACCACUGGACACGUCUCAGUAUAUUGGCUGCAAGGUGACAGUGCUGCUCUUCAUCUAUUUUCUGGCCACCAACUACUACUGGAUCCUGGUAGAAGGCCUGUACCUCCACAGUCUCAUCUUCAUGGCCUUCCGAUCAGACUCCAAAUACCUAUGGGGCUUCACCCUCAUUGGAUGGGGUGUUCCAGCUGUUUUUGUGGCACUGUGGGCGAUUGUCAGGGCGACACUAGCAGAUGCAAGGUGUUGGGAGUUAAGUGCUGGUAACAUUAAAUGGAUCUACCAGAUUCCCAUCCUGACAGCCAUUGGGCUCAACUUCAUCUUGUUUGUGAACAUCGUACGAGUGCUGGCCACUAAAAUCCGAGAGACAAACGCAGGGAGAUUUGACACUAGGAAACAGUACAGGAAACUGGCGAAAUCCACCUUUGUGUUAGUGCUGGUGUUUGGCAUCCACUACAUCAUCUUUGUUGGGAUGCCUCUAACAUUUGAGGGGCCGAGCUGGGAGGUCCGCAUGUACUGUGAGCUGUUCUUCAACUCCUUCCAGUGCAAAUCAUCGCAAAUGGCAAAGCGCCCCUCCACCUCCUCAUCGCCGCCAGUCUUCGCAGAUUCCUCAGCUCCAUCAGAAUCAUCAGCCACCACCACCACCACCACCCCCACCAGUGUCUGGACUCCAUGGGGGGAUUUAUCUUGCUGCUACUCAGGGCAGACGCCCCUCAGUUACAAAUCUCCCUGUAGAGUCUAAGCACCAAAGACUUUCUGCCAAGACUUACAUUUUACAUAUCAUCUGUAAAAAUGAAUAUUCUAUCUAAUCUUUACU